AUGGUCUUGCUGAUUCUGCUGGCACAAUCGAUUGAUAUGACGACGCCCUCGCUGUACAAGUCUUUCGAUACGUCGCUGGUGGAUGUCAAGAGGUCUUUUGAGUCGACGGAGCAUGCUACGAUUGAGGGGAGUUGUGGAGAAGAGAAUCGAGCUCCGUCGAGAAAGCCAGAUGGGGGCAACGAUGUUGGACGGGUCGUGAAGAGUGUCGGGGCGGGGGAGGUGUAUAGGAGUGGGCGCGGGCUGUCAGCUGAUUGUUCAUGCAGGGCGACGUGUGACACCGAUGGCAACUUCUUGCAAGCUGUCGAUGAUGUGCAGAUGGAGGAGAUCCUGCCGAAGAUCUCGGAGCUGGUCAGAGAUGUCAAGACAUUAAAAAUCCUGGAUCUAGGCUGUGGCACUGGACGCACUACGACGAAACUGGCGCAGCACUCAUGGCCGUGUGAGCAGAUCAAGAUCGAGGGCUGGGGUGCAAGUGCUGCCAUGCUCAAUACCGCGAAGACGAACCUCUCCAGCCUGGCCUCAAGUCACACUGCUGUCAAUCUUCACCAAAUCGACCUCCAGAACCCCACCACCCUCCCCCAUGACAGCAAGGUCUCUUUCGAUAUCAUCAUAAUCAGCACCUUAGCCCUGGAUCAUUCCCCCCUCGCCACCUUCUUCCAGCUCAUUUCAACUCUCCUGAAGUCUGGGGGCGUGGCUUUUGUGAGUAAUUUGCACCCAGAUAUGGGAGCUAGGUCAGUCGCUGGGUAUGAUGAUAUGAGAGGGGCGAGGAGGAUCGGGAGGAAUUUGAGCCAUGGAAUAGAGGAGAGUCUCGAUGCGGCGAAGAGAGCGGGGCUUGAGGUGAAGGAGGUGAAGGAGGUUGAGUUGGAGGAGAGGGGGAUUGAGGAGGGUUUGGUGGUUGAGAGGGGGAGGAAAUGGGUUGGGAUGAAAUUGUGGAUGGGGUUGAUGGUGAGGAAGAUGUAA